GAAUCUUUAAUUUCGAUUCAGUUGUCGUUAACACUUUAGCCUUGAGUUACACUUCAAAGUUGAGAGUCAGUCAAUACAACACUCAAGGAUAUUAGAAACAUAUUUUCGAUUCAGUUGUAGACAUAAUUACAUAAAUUCAUCCACAGAGAUAACACGUUUAGAUUCCAUAAUAUUUAACCAAAAUGAGUGAUGUAUCCCACAACUUCCACCAGGGCUCCAUUGAGCGGAAAAGCAUGAUUGAGGACAAAAGAAAACUGUUGGGGAACAAAAGGCAGAGCAUGGGAAUGAAGACCGUCUUGGGUACGGACGUAAUUAACGCCUAUAGUACCAGCGACGAUCCUCGAACGUCCUUCACGAAAAUGCGAAAACGCCACAAGAAGGAUGAGGAUUAUAUAAGUCCCAAUUUUAAGGAUGAUUCACAGUUGGAAUACACGCCGAUCUAUCAGAUCACAUUCGAUGACGACAGGGAUCCAGUUCUGGAGCCCACAUUCUCCAAGCAUCGCAUACCACUGCAAAUCCGCUGCCUGGAGCGCUAUCACAUUUCCAAGAAAGAGUAUGCCCAACAAUUUAAGCGAGAGAUAAUGUUACUGAUCGAUAAUCAGCCGACGGCCGAAAGUGCCUGGCAAUUUGUAAGGACCAUGGCUUAUACAACACUUUGGCCACCAUUACACACAAGGAAGGAACUCAAGAUGUUUGAAAAGGGCUUCUGCAAGCUAUCUCCAGCUGAACAGCGCAGAUAUGAUAGAAUCAUGUCGAUCAAUUUUACUUGAAAUGUUCUUAAAAACUUCAGAACAUGGCGACAAUAACAACGUUAAAUACAUUAUCACAAUUCAGGUCAUAAAUCA